CCAGGCAGGCGGGAUCGCUCUGGCAGUGGCUCUGCCAAGCUUUCAUUCCAUCUCUCCUGGGAGGGAGCCUUUCUCUCACUCCAGGCUUCUCCCCUGCCAAAUAAGAGGGAGGGAGAGAGGAGAAAGCAGCAGGGUCCCUUCACCCCGCAGCACCCAAGUGCCCAGCGCACAUCGGCAGCAGACAAGCCAUGCGGAAGAGUCUCUUUGCCCCUACAGUCGCUUCGCCUCUGAUUUAAAACCUUCACCUGCUUCCACGAGGGACCAUGGAGGAGCAGUACAUUUCCAAACUCCACCCAAUAGUGGAUUACGGAGCUGGGGUCUUUCUUCUGAUCAUAGGCAUCCUCACAGUCCUUGGAAAUGCAGCCGUCCUUGCUACGGCUCUGAAGCGCUCUUCCCUCCUGAAGUCACCAGAGCUGCUUACAGUCAACUUGGCAGUGGCAGACAUUGGAAUGGCGAUCAGCAUGUAUCCACUGGCCAUCGCAUCCGCCUGGAACCACGCUUGGCUGGGAGGAGACGCGUCCUGUAUGUAUUAUGCCCUGAUGGGUUUCCUUUUCGGGGUCUGCAGCAUGAUGACCCUGUGUGCCAUGGCAGUGAUUCGGUUCCUCGUUACCGAUUCAUCCAAAUCCAACCGUAACAGAAUCACAAAGAAUGUCGUUUGCAUCUUGAUUACUUCCAUCUGGCUCUACUCCUUGCUCUGGGCCAUUUUGCCCCUGGUAGGCUGGGGCUACUAUGGCCCUGAGCCAUUUGGCAUCUCUUGUACAAUAGCCUGGAGCGAGUUCCACAACUCCUCCAACGGCUUUUCCUUCAUCCUGAGCAUGUUCCUCCUGUGCACGGUCCUGCCUGCACUGACCAUUGUUGCCUGUUACUUGGGAAUUGCCUGGAAGGUUCAUAAAGCAUACCAAGAAAUCCAGAAUAUCGACAGGAUCCCUCAUGCAGCUAAACUGGAGAAGAAGCUGACAUUGAUGGCCGUGCUCAUCUCGGUGGGGUUCCUGAGCUCAUGGACGCCCUAUGCAGCAGCCAGCUUCUGGUCCAUGUUUAACUCCAGCGACUCCCUACAGCCCAUCGUUACGCUGCUGCCCUGCCUCUUCGCCAAGUCUUCGACAGCCUACAACCCUUUCAUCUACUACAUCUUCAGCAGAACCUUCCGUCGGGAAAUCAAAGAGCUGCAGUGCUGCUGUGGUUGGCGAGUUCAUUUCUUUAGAGCCGACAGCUCUGCUGAAAACCCCGUGUCUGUGACGUGGAGUGUGAGAGACAACGUCCGUCUCUCUGCAGCGGCUGAGGUGGAGAACCAGGGAGCUGCAGCUCGCUGACAAACCCGGCAGAGGUCAAAACUUGGGUCCAGAUGAGUAGGAAUGCAGCGCCUCGGGUUGUCACUGUGUAUCUUAUGUCAAGUACAGAAUUUUAAGCACAUAUUUUUAAGUGACUCUCAAAUAUUAUCUCUAAGCUACACAACAACAACAAAACCCACUAUUUUUUUUUCAAGAGUUUCCACUUUGGAGGAAAUAGGUUGAUGUAUUAAACAAAAACAUGUAAACUAAACUUAUUUUCAGGGAAAAAGCUUUAAAUAAAAGAGGAUUUAUUAUUUUUGUGGGUUUUUUUUCCUUGUACUUCUGACUUCUUCAUGCAUUGUCUCUGCAAGCCCCUGGCUCUAUCAGUACAACAGCCAUCAGAAAACUAUAGGUUGAAGACCUUGAGCCGCCUGGUCCAGCGGGAGGUGCCAGGGGGGGAAAUGGAUGGGCUUUGAGAUCCCUUCCAACCCAAAGCAUUCUGUGUUACAAAAUAAACACAGCUGAGAGUGCAGCUUUCCAGCAAUACUGACAAAAAACCCUAUGGGUAGCAAGAAGUCACGCCAGGAGAAGAUCAUAAGGUGGCUGCUACCAAAAUGUC